AUGACAGACUUAGAUACAAGAACAAUCAAGAAGCUAGAUGAAUCAGUGAUUAAUAAGAUAGCAGCUGGUGAGAUUAUUAUUCAACCAGCAAAUGCAUUAAAAGAAAUGUUGGAGAAUUCUAUUGAUGCAAAUGCAACUAUGAUUGAUAUACUAGUGAAAGAUGGCGGAUUGAAAUUAUUACAAAUCACAGACAACGGUCAUGGAAUCAAUAAAGUUGAUUUACCUUUAUUGUGUGAACGGUUUGCUACGUCAAAAUUAUCAAAAUUUGAAGACCUAGAAAGUAUUGCCACAUAUGGAUUUCGUGGUGAAGCAUUGGCUAGUAUUUCUCAUAUAUCAAGAUUAUCUGUUAUUACCAAACAGCAAGAUUCUAAUCUAGCAUAUAAGGCAUUUUAUAUGAAUGGUAAAUUAUGUGGAGCUAAUUUUAAACCAGGGGCCAAGAGUACAGAGCCACGCCCCACAGCAGGUAAAGUGGGGACCCAAAUCAUAGUGGAAGAUUUAUUUUACAAUAUCCCUUCAAGACUACGCGGUUUAAAAUCAAAAAGUGAUGAAUUUUCAAAGAUUUUAGAUAUUGUUGGUCGUUAUGCUAUCCAUUGUGGAGAUGUGGGUUUUAGUUGUAAGAAAUUUGGAGACCCAUUACAGCAAUUGAAUACAAGACCGAAAUUGCCCAUAAAGGAGCGCAUCAGAUUGGUUUAUGGAUCAGCUAUUGCCAAUGAAUUGCUUGACGUGGAGAAUAUAAAGGAGGAAGAGCUUGGGUUGAUGAAAGUGAGUGGUGUUUUGACAAAUGCAAACUAUAAUAACAAAAAGAAGAUUCAACCAAUAUUUUUCAUUAAUCAUAGACUAGUUACUUGUGAUCCACUUAAAAAAGCAAUUAAUUCCAUCUUCCAAUUUUUCUUGCCAAAAGGUAGCCACCCAUUUUAUUAUCUUAGUUUGGAAAUAAGACCAGAUAAUUUAGACGUUAAUGUUCAUCCAACCAAACGAGAAGUGAGAUUUCUUAAUGAAGAUGAAAUAAUUGAUGUUAUUGUUUCCAAAGUACAUGGGAUUCUAUCAAGUGUUGACACUUCACGAAAGUUCAAAACACAGACAGUUGUUACAAAAAGACCCAAUGAAGAAAUCGAUGAAGGUAUGGAAUUACCUAGAUCUCAAGUGACACAGCCAUCGUUGAAGAAAUAUCGACAGGAAAAUAAAAUGGUUCGAGUUGAUUCUUCUCAACCAAAGAUAAGUUCUUUUAUGCAGCUGCAGGAAGCUGGAAGUUACCACGAACAUAUGAAGAAGGAAUUUGUGAAUAUUUCCUCACUGAUGAUACAAGAAGAUACCAGCGAAGAUAGAAUCCCUAGUGUGCAAGUGGAAGAGAUUGAAAUUGAUGAUUUACCAAAUCAAGACGCAGUGGUAGAUGAGGCACCUCCUUCUUCUCCACAAGCAGAUAUUUUACCUGCUGAGUUGACUUCACCGGAAAAAGAUAAAGUGCAAAUCAAUUCAACUAGAAAACAAAUCCAGGUGAAUUUGGAUUCGAUUGCUAAUUUGAAAACAGAGUUGACAUCCAUUGUCAAUAAACCUUUGACGAAUAUAUUCAAUCAUGCAGUUUAUGUGGGUAUUAUAGAUCCAGUCAAGAGAUUAUGCUGUUUCCAAUAUGAUGUUAAGCUAUUCUUGUGUGACUACGGAGCAAUGUUGCUAGAGUUUUAUUAUCAAAUUGGAUUACAAGAAUUUUGUAACUUCGGCGAGAUUCAGUUUGGUCUGCCAAUAAAACUUGAAGAGUUGUUAGCUCCAUUGUAUGAGAUCAAUGAUAAUUUGGAGCCGAUGAACAAAAUCAUUGAUACAAUUGUAGGUAUGAAGGAGAUGUUUUUUGAGUAUUUUCAGAUUGUAAUAGAUGAAGAAAAUAGAUUAACCACAUUACCAAUGUUAGUUGCUGGAGUACAACCUGAUUAUAAUAAAUUACCAUAUUUUCUAUAUCGAUUAGGAACCAAAAUCAACUAUGAAGAUGAGCAGGAUUGUCUAAAAGGUAUUCUUAGACAAAUUUCAUUGUUUUACCUACCAGAACCCUCGGAAGAAGAAAGUAAAAGAAAUGAGUUUGAACAACAAUUAGAAAAUAUAUUGUUUCCGGAGAUAAAAAAACAAUUUUUAGCCCCUAAAAAUAUGUUGAGAGAUGUGAUUCAAAUUGCUGAUUUACCAGGUUUAUAUAAAGUGUUUGAAAGAUGUUGA